CUCUGCACUAGACUAUGAGCCCCUUGGCAGGAGGAGUCGGGUCGUACGCAUCUCUAGGCCCCCAGCGUCCCGUGCAGUUCCUGGUGCAGAGUUUAAGCUGAAUUUUGGGACAUGGCCACUGCUUCCCCAAGGUCUGACACUAGUAAUAACCACAGUGGAAGGUUGCAGUUACAGGUAACUGUUUCUAGUGCCAAACUAAAAAGAAAAAAGAACUGGUUUGGAACAGCAAUCUAUACAGAAGUAGUUGUAGAUGGAGAAAUUAAGAAAACAGCAAAAUCCAACAGUUCUUCUAAUCCCAAGUGGGACGAGCAGCUGACCAUGAGUGUGAGCGCACAGAGCACGCUGGAGUUCCGGGUGUGGAGCCAUCACACCCUGCGGACGGAUGCUCUGUUAGGAAGAGCAGCUGUGGACCUGAGGCAGGCUCUGUUAACACACAACCGAAAGUUGGAGAGAGGGCUUUCCUUGGAGAACAAGAACGGCGCAGUGCAAACUGGCGAGUUAACGGUGGUGCUGGACGGAUUGGCGAUUGAGCCAGAAAACCUGACGAGCUGCAGCUCGGCCCCAACCAUAGAAAUACAGCAGAAUGGUGAUGCCGUACGGGAGAACGGAGAGCCUUCGGCCAGGACGAGCAGGUUGGCUGCUGAAGGUGCAGGUGGAGCAGACAGCCGAGCGCCCACCCACACUGUGGUGCAGAACUGCUAUUCCCGUGUGGCGAACGGAGGCAGCGCACCUUCCUCUCCAGCUCCGGCUCCAGCUCCAGCUCCGGCUGCUGCCAGACCAGGAAACACACCAGCUCCCAGACCGCGCACAGCCGAGCCCACCGGUGACACUGCUAAUGGAGAGUCGUCCUCACCGGCAAGGGCACCGCAGGAGGAUGCUCCUGCUUCAGAGCAGGCGGGGGUCCCUGAGGAUGGUGCCUGGGCCUCAACUUGCCCUGGAUCCACUGGUGAGCAGGCCCCGGGCCCAGAAGCACCGGCACCCUCAGAGCGCAAUGGCUGUGUCGCCCCUGAUGGCACGGCACUCGGGGCCGGGACCUGCGACCUGGACCCUGCAGCCUCUGCCUCUGGAAGCAGCUCGGCCUUGGAAGCAGCCAAGUUGCGGCAGCCAGGUGGGAGUGUGGAGCCUGGGAGGAACGCCAGCCCAGAAAGCCUGCCCUCGGGGUGGGAACAGAGGAAAGACCCUCACGGGAGAACCUAUUACGUGGAUCAUAACACCCGAACGACCACGUGGGAGAGGCCACAGCCUUUACCCCCAGGCUGGGAGAGAAGAGUGGACGACCGGGGCCGGGUCUACUACGUGGACCACAACACCAGGACCACCACGUGGCAGCGGCCGACCCUGGAGUCCGUGCGGGACUUCGAGCAGUGGCAGUCUCAGCGCAGCCAGCUGCAAGGCGCCCUGCAGCAGUUCAACCAGCGCUACCUCUACUCGGCUUCAGUGUUAGCUGCAGAAAGCGACCCGUAUGGGCCUUUGCCGCCGGGCUGGGAAAAAAGAGUAGAUUCAACAGACAGAGUUUACUUCGUGAAUCACAACACAAAAACCACGCAAUGGGAAGACCCAAGAACUCAAGGCUUACAGAACGAGGAGCCCCUGCCGGAGGGCUGGGAGAUCAGGUACACGCGGGAAGGCGUGCGGUACUUCGUGGACCAUAACACCCGAACCACGACAUUCAAAGAUCCACGCAACGGGAAGUCGUCUGUAGCUAAAGGUGGCCCGCAGAUUGCCUACGAGCGCAGCUUUCGGUGGAAGCUUGCUCACUUCCGAUACCUGUGCCAGUCCAACGCACUCCCCAGUCACGUAAAGAUCAAUGUGUCCCGGCAGACGCUGUUCGAAGAUUCCUUCCAGCAGAUUAUGGCAUUAAAACCCUAUGACCUGAGGAGGCGACUCUACGUAAUAUUUAGAGGAGAGGAGGGACUUGAUUAUGGUGGUUUAGCAAGGGAAUGGUUUUUCUUGCUCUCCCACGAAGUCCUGAACCCCAUGUACUGCUUGUUCGAGUACGCGGGCAAGAACAACUACUGCCUGCAGAUCAACCCCGCGUCCACCAUCAACCCGGACCACCUCUCCUACUUCUGCUUCAUCGGCCGCUUCAUCGCCAUGGCGCUUUUCCACGGAAAGUUUAUCGACACUGGCUUCUCCUUGCCCUUCUACAAGCGCAUGCUCAGUAAGAAGCUGACGAUCAAGGAUUUGGAGUCCAUUGACCCCGAGUUCUACAACUCCCUCAUCUGGAUAAGAGACAACAACAUCGAAGAAUGUGGCUUGGAAAUGUACUUUUCCGUGGACAUGGAGAUCUUGGGAAAAGUGACCUCGCACGACCUGAAGCUGGGAGGGGCCAGCAUCCUGGUGACUGAGGACAACAAGGACGAGUACAUCGGGCUGAUGACUGAGUGGCGCUUCUCGCGUGGCGUGCAGGAGCAGACGCAGGCCUUCCUGGACGGCUUCAACGAGGUGGUGCCCCUGCAGUGGCUGCAGUACUUCGAUGAGAAGGAGCUGGAGGUGAUGCUGUGUGGCAUGCAGGAGGUGGACCUGUCCGACUGGCAGAGGAACACCGUGUACCGGCACUACACCCGCAACAGCAAGCAGAUCGUCUGGUUUUGGCAGUUUGUGAAGGAGACGGACAAUGAGGUGAGGAUGCGCCUGCUGCAGUUCGUCACGGGGACCUGCCGCCUGCCCCUGGGGGGCUUCGCCGAGCUCAUGGGAAGUAACGGGCCUCAAAAGUUUUGCAUUGAAAAAGUUGGGAAAGACACCUGGUUACCAAGAAGCCAUACGUGUUUCAAUCGCUUGGACCUGCCACCGUAUAAGAGUUACGAGCAACUGAAGGAAAAGCUGCUUUUUGCCAUAGAAGAGACCGAGGGGUUUGGACAAGAAUAGAGGAGCCGUGGCCGGAGGCUCUGCGUCCGCACCUCCGCAAAUAUAAUGGUUCCGUUCUCACACA